UUUUGUGUAGUCAUGUAGUCUAGUUUACAACCAAAUCGAAAUUGACAGAUUGGGUUCUGAACGUGGCCGAACGGGGAGCAUCUGGGUGGGAGAGACCUAAAACUGUUGAAAAUGCAGUGAUAACGCGAUGGAUUGAGGUCAGGAAUGGCACAAGUUUUAACCAUGUCAUCAUCCAAUUUUUAAAAUGACAACGACCAAUGCAUAACAGAACAUCGACCGAUGCGUAACAGAUCAGACAAGUGUUGCACAUGGUUGAAAAUGCCCUGCUCCAAUCCAUCCCUCCUGCUUGUCCUGCCCAGGGAGCGCUGCCUCCAUCGUGUCCGCAGGUUGCUAGUAGUAUUUUCCUCCUUGGGCCCUUAUCAACGUGUGCCCUCCGUGUUGAUGUCCUGCUGGUGUUGGCCUAUGACAGUGUGGCUGCGCCGUCUGUUGUGACCAUCAUUGCAGGGUGGACGAGGCAAUUCCGGGCUUCGUCAUUGGCUGGCGCAAGGCCACCGAGGUAGCCAGCACCUAGGUAUUACCCACUCCAUGAUCUAAAUUCUGUUUUGUUCUCUAUCGUUCCUGGAACCGCAUUUAUUUUAUGACUUUUUUCAAGCUAUACCGCUCUCCAGUUUAGUCUUAUUCUCAUUGUUCUGUUAGUGCUUUGUAAAUAAUUCGUAUGGGUGUAUUGCUUUGUAUAGUUCAUUCGAGAUGUCUUGCAGAAAUGCAAUUUCUGAAAGUAUUCCUUAGUGUUACGUUUUUGCCUGAUUAGGAUGUGGCCAAGUAUUGUUUUCGAUGUGUCACAGUAGAAUGGAGGAGAUGGUUCCAAAACAUUGUCCUGCCAGGUGAUCAGGGAAUGGUUAGCUACAGGAGUAUCCUUGUCUACAUUGGGCAUCUGGGUGGAAGGUUAUCAGUGAUGGCUGAUUUCUGAUGCAUCUAUCCAUUAUAGUCUUGUUUUUAACACGCUAUCAACAUCUUGUUGUUUAACAUCCCAUUGUCAAAUAUCAUUUAAGGCUGAGUUCAUUUAUCUUCUUUUCUUGUAUGUAGGGAUGAAAUCUACAUUGUUGAAUCAUUUGCAUUAAGCUUGCCUGUUGAUGCAUGAUUUGAGUUGUAAGUUUGGAAUCAUUAACAGGCCAGUUGCAAGUUUUCUUGUUUUAUAAGUUACUCGCUGUGUAUCAUGUCGCCAGUUGCAAGCAAGUUAGGUUUUUUGCUGUCGUAACAUAACUGUGCAGCUGGCUAGCGUGUAGGUCUCAUAGAUAAGCAUGUAGGUCUCAUAGAUAAAACGUGAGUGAUUCAUUCCUCUCGAGUUGUACACACCGAAGCUUUUCCAGCUGGAACGCUUGGUUUUCUCUUCCGAGGUGGAACUUAUAUAUUAUAUAUAGAGUGUGGAUUUUUGUAGCUCGGGCUACACAACUCUUUUUUUUCAAAAAUUCGAAAAUGAUACUUUAAAGUUUCAAAAAAAUCUGAGAAAAAAUCUUGAUAUAGGUAAUGUUGGGAUCUACGUAUGUGCAAAAUUUCAACUCGAAAUAUCUUAUAUUCGGAGCUGCACAAAAAUGACAAAAUCUGACAGAUUUGGAGGUUUUGAAAUCUUGCACUGUUCACUACUAUAGGUGUCAGAUUUUGUCAUUUUUGCACAGCCCCGAAUAUAUGGUAUUUCGAGUUGAAAUUUUGCACGUACUUAGAUCACAACAUUGUCUACAGCAAAGAUUUUGUUUCCAGAAUUUUUGAAACUUUGAACCGUCGAUUUUGAAUUUUUCAAAAACCGAGCUAAAUGUAGCUCGGUCUACACUGAUGGUUUUCGUUAUAUAUAUAGUAUGUAUGUCUAGUGGAAUUAGAGACCCUGUGUGGUAUCUAUCCUCCUAUGCAUGAAAAUCAAAAGCAAAACAUCUGUUAUAUGUGCGCCUUUAGCUGAAGUGCUCGGUUCGGUUUCAUCUUUCUGGAUCAUUUGUUUCUUGUUGUGCAAAAUCUGGAGUCCCUGUUGUGUACCGUUCAAUCCUCUGACCCUUAUGGCCAUGUAGCUUUCUUUGAGAAACAAAGAUGUUCAGUUUAUUUACCUAAAAAAAUAGUUGCUUCCUCCUAGAGCCUAGUUUGUUGUAGUCUUUCCACAGAGCCAAGUUGUUUGUGAUUCGCCUGGUUGGACUCCUUUGACCCAACAAACACGUAGAGAAUUUUCCAACAGACAGCGUAUGAUGUUAAAGGUGGCGAGUGGCUCUUGGACCCAUGCCAUGAUGAUAGAAUAUAUAGGGUGCCUGAAUACCCAAAGUUCUUCUUACCCACACUAUAGUUGGCUCUCCUGCUAUCACUUGGUGCAUCUACCCCAGAGAAAAUACUCAGCAAAUGGCGAUGAUUGGCACCACCGCCCUUGUUGUCGCUGCCAGACCGUCGAGACGUGUUCUAGGGCUGCCUCAGCUGAGAGUGAAAAUGUCCGAGAGGUUGAGGUGCAGUUUCUCCAGGGACGACAAGAAGGCGCCUUUGGCUCUGACUCCGUCUCUGGCUGUCCUCAAGGGCAUGGGGCUCCAGUUGUCGCGGAGGCCAUGUGGCCUGGAGCUGGUGGACGAGCAGAUGGCCACGGAGUGCAUGAAGCUCUGGCUGAGGGCUGAGAACCCGGAGUGGAUCAUGUUGUGUGCGAUGUGCCUCAUCUUCGCUUGCUCCGUACGUCGACCAAACGAUGACCACAAGUCAUCGUCUGCAGAGCUGCUGCGGCUGAGAGCGAAAAUGGCCGAGAGGCUGAGGUGCAUCUUUUCCAAGGACGACAAGAAGGCGCCUUCAGCUCUGUCUCUCUCUCCGGCUGUCCUCAAGGGCAUCGGGCUCCGGCAGUCGUGGAGGCCAUGGGGCCUGGUGCUGGUCGACGACGACGAUGAGCACAUGUCCUCGAGGCUCCGGUUGUUGUCGAGGGCUCUGAACCCGGAGUGGAUCCUGUGUUGUGUGGUAGGCCUCAUAUUCAUCCGCCCCCUACGAGAUCGACGGAAUGAUGACCACGAGUCCGGCGGCCACACGUGCUGAACACCACCACGGCCUCCUGCUACUGCCUGUCUGAUCCGUGGAAGGCUUCGCAUGAGGUUGUGCAUUUACUACUAAACAAAAACUAAAGAGGCGGCAGUUAGCAUGUAUCAGUGCUAAGUUUCCAUAAAAAAAAAUCAGUGCUAAGUGUUGGAAUUCCUAGCUAAGAGUUUCGACGUAUUGGGUGUGUCAAUUUUUAUCCAAGCUUUUAUUUUCAUGCA